AUGAACUACAGUUCGUUAAAAAAGAACCUUGUGAUUAACUUCGAAAAUUUUAUGAAUCCAUAUGAUUUCAAUGAAAAGAAAAAGAGGAAGGAAAAAAGUAUUUGUGAGUUAAACACACAAAAAAAAAAAAAAAAAAAUGCAGACGAUUUAAUAGAAGAUGUUGUAAAGAAGGAGGAUAUGUUAUAUUAUACUAAAAGAAAGAAAAGUGGUAUGGAAAAAAAGGAAUUAAAUAUAUUGUUAGAAAUUGAUGAUAUCUUAAAAGAAAAUGUAAAUGAUAAAGAAAAGAUUAUAACAAAUAAUAUGAAAAUAAUAAAUGAUGAAAAAAAAAAAAUCGAUGAAAAGGGAAAACUUUAUGGUAAUAAAAAUGUAGCUAGCCAAAAUAAAGAAAUUCAUAUUAAAGAGAAAAUAAAAAAAAAAUAUAAUAAUAAUAAUAAUAAUAAUAAUAUUAUUAAGAAUGAAGAAUAUGAAGAAAACAAUAUGGAUGAGAAAAAAAAAAAUAUGGACAUCAUUGAAGUCAGUUUUAGUGUAAUAAAUAAAUGGAGAAAUCACAAUGAAUUGAUUGACUUUGUGAAAAAUAAUUUGAAGAAUAAUGAAUUUAUAUAUGUCAAGAGCUUACCCAACUUUUCUUAUGAAAUAGCGUCUUGGGAAAAUAAAAAAAAGAUGGAUGUGCUAUCGAUUUCCCUGAACGGUGUUAUGAUCAACGAAAAGAACGAAACGAGUUUCUAUGAACUUAAUGAAUGGAAAAGUCAUAUGAAUUUAUUAAGGAGCGCAUUAGAUUUAAGAUUUAUACGUAAAUAUAAAUUAUAUAAAUAUUUUUUUUUUUUGAAAAAUAUGAUAAAGAGCACAAAAUUUAAAAAUAAAAAAUUUUACAUUAAAGAGAAUUUAUUAUUUUUGAAUGAAGCAUUUUUUAAUGGUUUUAUAAAAAUCGAAAAGGUAUUAAAACAUAUAGGUAAAACAAAAUUAAUAGACAUAAAUAUAAAUAAUAUGACUAUAGAUCAAUAUGUAGAAUUACAAGAUGAAUAUAUGAUGAAAUUUGAUAGUUUUCUUAAUAACAAAAUUAAAUAUAUAAUUAACAUUAUUUAUAUAUAUUGUAUGACUGCUUUAAAUAAUUUUUUAAUAAAAAAUGACAUCACCAUAAAAAGGAAACAAAUAGAAAAUGAAGAAUAUAUUGAUAUUUUUAUGAAUGAUCAUAUGAAUAGUAUUGAAACAUUCGAUGAACAAAUUCGUGUUAAUACAAGUAUUGAUUUACAUACGAAAGAAGAAAAUCAUAAUGUAAAUAAUAAAAUAAAAACAGAAAAAAAAACAAAUACAAAAAUAAAAACAAAUACAAAUACAAAAAUAAAAACAGAUACAAAUACAAAAAUAAAAACAAAUACAAAUACAAAAACUCAAAAAGAAACAAAUAGAAAUACAAAAAAUACAGAUAAAAAACAAUUUCCAAAAAAAAAAAAUAAUCAAAAUAAAAACGAUACAGAAAUAAAUAUAUAUUAUAACAAAAUAGCUCUUAGUAAUUGUUAUAGCAUAUAUUUAAAAAAAUUUAUUCAAGUAUGUCAAUAUAUGUGUGAUAAUAUCCUACGAAAUAUCAUAAUAAAUACAUAUACAUAUUUUCUAGAUUUAUUAAAUAAUUAUUUCGAAACUAAUCUUGAACAUACAAAAGACGUGAAUGAUCUCCAGUAUCCUAAUCACAACGUUCAUAUAUUUAUGGAUAAAGAAAAAUAUUAUGGUAAGAAAAAAGAAUACAAUAAGGAUGAUGAUAAUAAUAAAAAGUAUCCAAAUUUGAGUUAUCAUAAAAAUAAACAUGUAACCAAAAAUCAGACACACGGAACUCUUCCGUAUGAAAGUAUAAAGCAAAAGAAAAAUAGUGAUAAGGAAAAGCAAAAGCAGAGAAAGAAAUUUUUAUUCUCAUCUAUUACAAAUAGGAAGGAGGAUAAUAAUACUGAGGAGAAAAUAAAAAAUUAUAAAGCUAGGUAUAUUGUUAAGAGGGCUGAAAAGAAUAGUCGCGUCGACGACAAGGUAGCCAAUGGUAUGAUUAUAAAAAUGAAUGAAAUUAAUAAUGAAAUUAAUAAUGAUAAUAAUAAUGAUAAUAAUGAUAAUAAUAAUAAUAAUAAUACUAAUACUACUACUAACAAUAAUAGUAAUAAUAACAACAACAAUAAUAAUAAUAACGAAGUAGAAAAUGAAAAGGUCCCAAAGAAUGAUGUGUGCCUCUUCAAUAUCUCCAUAAGCAUAAAAAAUAAUCACCUACAUAUAUAUCCAGAAUCCGAACUAUUAAUAAAUACCAUGACGAAAUAUAUAAAUAAAAGUAUUGAAAAUGUAUGCAAGAGAGAAGAGUUUAUAAAAAGUUAUAAAAUAAAAGAAUUUUUCAGAAACGAAAUUUUUAUUGACAAUAUUAUAUUUCAUAAACAUAAUAUUAAUAAUAAUAUAAAUAAUAAUAAUAUAAAUGAGUAUAAGGAUAAUCAUGCGGAUGGUUGUAUAGACAACCCUGUUGAUGGUUAUAGUUAUCAUAAUAAUAAUGUCCAUGUUGAUAAUAAAAAGUUUGAAGAAUUCAUUAAUAAUGAUGAGGUUAUACAUAAUUUAGAUAUAGAAUUAAAAGAAAAAAUAAAACUUCUUUAUGAUGAUAUGGUAGAUGUAUGUCAAGAAUUUUAUGAGAUAAUAGAUACUUAUAAUAAAUAUGAUGAAUUGAAUAUUGAAGAAAUAGAUAUAAUGGAUGUUGAAUUUAUUACGAAUUUAUUUUUAUCAUUAAAGGAUUUAGAAAAUAAAAUAAAACGAAUGAGCAAACAAUUAAAUAUUCAUAUAUUUAAAGUUGAUAAUACAAUAUUAAUAGAAUAUAUAUUAAAAAAUAUAAAUAAAAAAUGGACUCUUUUAAUAAAUUAUUUACCUACAUUAAAUAAUAAAACUAUAGAGACUUUAACAAUAAAAUUAGAUACAUCUUUAAAUAUUAUAAAUAAAACACCAACAAAUAUAAAUGAACUUGUAUCGUAUAUAGAUUUUGUUAAUACAUUUUCUAUAAAUUUAGUUUCCAUAGAAGAAGAAAUUGAAUCCAUAUUUUCUUUAUUUUUAUUAUUUAAAAAAUAUUAUAUAAGUAUUUGUGGUAAUCAAACUACGAAAAUAUUUCAUAUGAACCAGAAAAUGAAUUUUAUUAAAAGUAUAUUAAACAGUGAAGUAAAUUAUGAUAUACAAUAUAGUUAUAUAUUUAAAGAUCUCAAUUCACAAAUUAAUAAUGUAGAAAAAAACAUACAAAACUUUUUAAACAUCAUGAAUACAAAUUUUCUCGAUCAACAAAAUAAUUAUGAAUGGGACGACAUAAUUAAAGACUUGAAUUUUGUUUAUCCUAUAAAUCAUAUAAAUGAAGUUUUUUAUAAAAAUUAUGAUCAUCAUAUUACUUUUAUGAGGGAAAAUGGAGAUGUGCAUGUAAAUAGAUAUCUAAAUAAAGAUGAAGACGUUCUCGACCAAACAACAAAUAAAGGUGAUAAUAUAAACGAUGGUAAUAAAAUUUAUAAUAAUAAGACUUAUGAUGAACAAUAUAACAAACUUCAUAAUUGUAUGAGAAAAGAUUUAUUUUCCAUUAAUUUUAAUAAUAAUACAAUCAUCAUAAAUGAGACAGAAGAAAAUAAAAAAAAAUUUUACACAUUCCAUAUACUAGAAUUCCUGAGAUUAAAAAUACUAGAGAUAAAAGAAGAUGUAGAUAAAUAUAUUCAUUAUCAAAAUGUUUUAAAAAUAAAAAAAAACGAAUUUGUUAACUUCUCUUUAUUAUGUAAUAUGUUUAUUAAUAAUAGUCUUACCAUCUAUACUUUUUUUCAAUAUAUAAAUCUUAACGAGAAAUAUAGACACCAAAAAAUUUUUUAUUUAAAUAUACCACAAUUUUGUAAUGAUAUAAAUAAUAUCAAUAUCUUUUUUAAGAAAAUAAAUAAAAACUUUGUAAACAAUGAAAUUUAUGAUAAAUGUAAAAAGUUCAAUAUGACUUAUGAACAUAUAAUAAAGCUUUUGAAAUAUUUACAACCAAUAUAUACAAAUCAAAAAUAUUUCCGUAGAGCUAUAGAUUUGUUAAAUCAUUCCUAUGACAUGGAUAACCAUGUUUUAGAAAAUAUAAAUGAUAUGUAUACAAUAAGGAGUUCCCAAGAAAAAAACAAAAAUGGCCAUGAAACACAAAUCUCUCAAGGGAUAAAUAAAAAUAUUCCCCAAGGAUUAUUACAAAUGGAUCAUACACACAAAAAUGGUGACACACACAAAAAUGAUGAGGCACACCAAAAUGGUGACACACACAAAAAUGAUGAGGCACACCAAAAUGGUGAGACACACCAAAAUGGUGGGACACACCAAAAUGGUGGGACACACCAAAAUGAUGAAGCACACCAAAAUGAUGAGGCACACCAAAAUGAUGAGGCACACCAAAAUAAUGAAACUCACCAAAAGCACAACCACAUUGAUAAAGACCAAUAUGAAAAACAGAAUAGUAGACGUCAUAUUCAAAAAAAAGAAAAAACCUUUUUAUCGUAUAAUUACGAAAUGAUCAUUCUAGAGAAUUUAUUCGGACUUCCCUUUAGUAGUUUUCUAACCAAUGUUGAAAAGAUUUGCUUUGAAUAUGAGAAGGAAAAAAGGAUUAACGAUAGGUUUGAUCGUAUAAGAACUUCUUUGAAAAAAUACAAAUUGGAUGUUAGUCUUAUUAAUAAAAAGGUAUAUUUUAUAAAUAAUAUAAAUGAACUUAUUACAUAUAUUAAAAAAAUAAUGGAUGAAUUAUUUUUUAUACAGAAUGAUAAAUAUAGUAAACAUAUAUAUAACGAAAUAUACAAAUUAUCAAAGCAGUUAUUAAAUUUUAAAAAUACAUUAGUAGUUAUAAAAAAAAUACAAACAUAUUAUAUAAAUACAUUACAAAAAUAUAAAAAUAAUGAAAUAAAAAAAUGUACAAACGAUUCAGAAUAUUUCUCUUCCCUAAUUAAUACAUAUAAAUAUCAUUGUGAAGAAUUUUUUAUAUAUCCACAAAUAAAUAAACAUCUUGAAAAAAAUUAUGAUAUACAAUAUUUUUAUAACUUGUUAAAACAACUAGAAGAACUCAUUACAACAGUAAAUCUAUAUAUACUAAAUAAAAGAAAAGAAUUUUUUUCUUUUUAUUUAUUAAAUGACGAAAAUUUUCUAAAUAUAUAUUUAAAUAUAAAAGAUAUAAAAACAUUAAAUAAAUAUAUACAACAUAUUAUCCCAUCUAUUAAAAAACUUAUUUAUCAAAAUGAAAUUAUUUGUGGGGUUCUUAGUAAGGAUAAUCAAAGAAUAAUAUUCAAGGAACAAAUCAAAUAUAAGAAGUUGGAAUUUUUGUUAAAUCAAAUUAAUCUUGAAAUUAAAAAUUGGGUUCUAAAAAAUAUUCAAAAUGUAUUACAAAAUGAAAUCAUUCAAAAAAAAGACAUAAAUUAUAUUAACAAUGAUGAUAACAAUAAAAAUAAUAAGGAUAACAAAAAAUUUGAGAGUUCUUUAUCUUUCUAUCCUUUAAAAGAGGAUACCUAUUUAAUUUUUUUAAAAAUUACAAAUAUGCAGAUAUUGUUCAUUAUAUUAAAUAUAUAUUUUACAUACAUAAUGGAUAUUUUUAUAAAAAAUGUACAAAAAAAUAAAUAUAUAAUUUAUAUCUUAUCUCAAAACGUGAUACACCUCGUACAAAAAAUUUAUAAUACAAAUUUGUAUUUGGAAAAUGAGGAUGAUAAUGUAAGUGUGGACAAUAUAUUGACCAAUGAACAAAAAACAUUAAACCAUAUAAACAUCAUCAAUAAUAAUAAUAAUAAAAAUAAUAAUAAUAAUAAUAAAAAUAAUAAUAAAAAUAAUAAUGACGAUAUUUAUAAUAAUAAUGACGAUAUUUAUAAUAAUAAUGACGAUAUUUAUAAUAAUAAUAACCAUAUUUAUAAUAAUAAUAAUAACGGUGUUUAUAUUAACAAACAUUUAAUAUUCAUUCUUUUAUUUUUUAUGAACAUGAAACAGAAAUUAUUAUCGAUCCUUAAUAAUGAUCAUUCCAAAAAUAUUUCUUUAAACCAUUUUAAUUAUCUAGAAAUAGAUAAACAUUAUUUUAAAAAUAAUGAUUAUAUUAUAGAAUUUUUUCAUCAUAAUAUAAAAUAUAAAUAUGAAUUAUUGAAUAAUUACAACUAUACUCUAGAUAUUAUAUAUCACGAAAAAAAGUAUUCUUUCUUAUUAUAUAAAUAUUUAUCAAACCAUUUUAUUACCUUAUAUUCAAAUAAUUCUUAUUCAAUUAAUUAUACAAAGAAUUUUUCAAUACUUUUAGGGUUUCAUUAUUUUCUAAUUAAUAAUAUUAAUUUAAAUAAAAAUGAUAUUUUAAAUUUUAUAUCAUGUUCUGUAUCAUCUAAUGUAUCCUUAUUUUUUUAUAAAGUAGAUAAAUAUAAACCACAUAUUUUGUCUAUAUUAAAUAAACAAUUAUCUAUCAUUAAUUAUCAUAUACAAAAUAAAAAAAAACAAAUUAUUAUUAAUAAUCAAGAAUUAAAUCUAAAUAAAAGAAAUCUUAUAUAUCUAUCUAUAAGUAAAGAUUAUUCUCCACCUAUAUCUCUUUAUUUUUCAAAUAAUCAUAAUAACAUUAAUUCAAAGUUUAAUUUCUCAUAUACCAUAUAUCAAUCCUCUAAGCCAUUUCCCUUGUCCAUUUUUUACCUCAUUUACUUUUCCUUCGGUUAUCUAAACCCAGAUCUUUUAUCUCAGGCUACUUACAAGACAUAUCUGUAUCUAAAAAAACACGGAGAACUUAAAAGUUACGUUAAUCAAAGGAAAAUCAUUCAUAUCAUAAAGUUAAGCACAAGAAAAAAUAAACAAGAGGAAGAAUACAAUGUGUGUAAGGGAAUUAUAAAAUAUGUUUCACAUUUUGUAGGAUAUGAAAAACUUAAAGAUAUAAUAAAUAACAUUUGCUUAUUAUUUAAUUUGAGAAGAGAAUAUCAAGAAACGCUAGCUCAGUAUGUAGACAAAAAACAAAAAGAAGAAGAAAUAGAUGGUUUAAAUUACGUCGAAACAUUGUUUGACGAUGAGAAUUAUAGAAAAAAAAAGAGUAAAAAACAUGCUAGUGAUUGGAAAAAUGAAGUUGAUAAAAUAGUUAUUGGUUUAAUAAAAAAAACGAAAAUACCUUUUUUAAAAUAUCAAGUAUACAAAGCAACUGAAUUGUACAAAUUAUUGAAUUAUAUAUAUGAUGAUAAAAAAAAAAAAAAAAUUGAUAAAGGACAAGGUGAAGAGAAAAUAGAAGAAAUAAAUGAAAAUAUUAUAGAGACAACUGAAUAUAUUAAAAAUAUUUUAAUAAUAGGGAAAAAUUAUUCGGGUGCUAGUAGUAUUAUUUUUUUAUUAUAUCAAUUUUUAAAAAAUUUAGAGGGCACCUCCUUUUGUGCUUAUGAUAUUUGUAAUAUUGAUAAAAUAAAUUUACAUUAUUGUUCUUCUGAAGAUAUAUUAAAAUAUGUUUUUUAUAAAAGUAACAAUAUGAGUGAUGAUACCAAUGAAAAAUUAGAAGAAAGGAAAGAAGCAGGAGAGUAUAGUAUGCUAGGUUCUACAAUUCGUAGGAAUAAUACUAAACGGGAGCAGGAUGGUAACAAUAAUAAAAAUAAAAAUAAAGAAAUAAAUAAUACUUAUAUUAAUAAUACUUAUAAUAAUAAUACUUACAUUAAUAAUACUUAUAAUAAUAAUACUUACAUUAAUAAUACUUAUAAUAAUAAUGAUGGUUCUCACAAUAAUAAUAUUUUUGAUGAAAACGCUUCUCCCUAUGAUGAGCAUCAUAAUUUAGAUAAAAAAAAAAAGAAACAAAAUGUUUCUUAUUCAAAGAAUGGAACAUACAAUAAUCCUAUUAAGAGUAUGGAAUUUAUAAAUUUAAAUAUGUUUAAAAAUGUUGAAGAAAAUAUUAUUAUUAAAAAAAAAAAAAUGAAAAAAAAUCUUUUUUUAAAAUAUAUUAAUGUUAGUGAUAUGAAUAUUGUUGAUAAAAUUUGUAAUUAUACUUUAAAUAAAAAUAUAUAUAACCAAAUAAAUAAAGAUACACAUAUGAUUCUUAAGGAUGAUGUAAAAAAUAAUAAAUGUUUUUUUUAUAAACCUGAACGUUUAUGUUCUAUGUCUCCAUAUAUUAUAGAUAAAUGUUAUUUUGUGUAUAUAAAAAAUAAAAUCCCUUACAAUGCUUUUAUCGCUUAUACAGUCAAUAAGAUGAAUGUCUACAAAUUUAUAAAAAAUAAAAUUAUAAAAUUAUUUGAAGAUUUAAUUAUAGAAGCAUUGAAUUUUUUUAACAAGCAAAAAAUGAUGAAUAAUAAAAUAUUACCCUUUUAUCGUAAAAGAGAAAAAAAACAAAAAGAACAUCCUUUGAAAGAUUCAGAAAAGAAAAUGUUUUUAGAAAAAAAUUUGGACCAAGAGAAAAAAAAAAAAAAAUUAAAAAAAAAAAAUAAUGAUGGGAAUUGUAAAGGUCUUGUGAUUCAAAGUGAUGAACAGGAUGAACAGGAUAAAAAAAAUAUGAAAAAAAAUAUGAAUAAAAAUAUGAAUACAUAUAUUAAUAUAAAUGUUGAUGUGAAAAAUGAUGCAUGCACCUAUUCAAAACAAAAUUAUAAUGAAUAUAUAAAGAAUAAAAAUAGUAGCGGUACAGAUAAUAAUAUUACACAUAAAAAAAAAGAACCAAAAAAUGAGAAAGAAAAUUCUUUUGAAGAAGAAGAUAAUGAAAAGAGCUAUUGUCGUCAAGGCACGAAGGAAAUUUUUAAUAAUAAUGAUUUAAAUAUAUACAAAUUAAAAGAUGAUGAUAUUAUGUUACAAAAAGAUUUGUUAUUCUCAUAUAAUAAAUCAGAUAUAUAUAAGGAGUAUAUAAUUGAAUUAUUAGGCGAAAAGAACAUACCAUUUUAUAUUCAUAUAAAUAAUUUAAUAAGUAUGUUUGGUAAAUUUGUAGAAUACUUUUUAUAUAUGUUAAAAGAAAAAAAAGGUUAUGAUAAAAGAGUUCUUGAAACUCAUAUAAAUAAUAUUGUGAUAAUUAGUUUUAUAUAUACAUUUACAUCUUUUAUGAACAAAGAAAUAAGAAAUACAUUUGAAAUAUAUAUAUUGAAAUAUAUUAAUAAUAUAUCUAUAAUACCACGUAAUACAUCUUUUGUACAUAUAUACUAUAAUAUAGAAACCAAUAAAUUAUGUAGACAAGAAAAAAUAUAUAGAAAUGAAAAUAUAAUAAUAGAAAAAAAUAAUUUAAUAAAUAAUCUUCUUGUAACAAAUAAUAGUUUUUAUGUAUAUGAAGAUUUAAAUAUAUUAUCUAUAAUAAAUUUUUUAAAUAUUUCGACAAAUAUUAAUUUACCCUUUUUAAUUAUGGGACAUACAAAUACUGCCAAAUCGUUAUGUGUGUAUAAUUUUUUAAAUAAACAAAAACAAAUUAAUACUUAUCAUUUUAUGUUUUCUUUUAAUUAUUCAUUUCAUUAUGACAACAUAAUAAAAACGAUAAAAAAAAAAUUAGAUUUAUCUAUACCUUGUGUAAAUCAGGAUAUUACUAUAUUUAUUGAUGAUAUAUAUUAUGUUCCUAAUAAUAAUACGUACAAUACAUUUCAAUUUUUAUAUGGCCUCAUAGACGACGACUAUUUUUUCGAUAUAGAAUAUAAUAAAAACGUGCUAUUCAGCAAUAAAAAAAUUAUAUGCACAAUGAAUGAUGACAACAUGUUGCUUGAUGAAAAAUAUACAUCGAUGGUAACCAAGAUGUACAAGAAUUUUUUUGUAUUUAACGUUUCAUAUAUGACUAUAAAGGACAUAAAGAAUGUUUAUUCGAAUAUUAUAGAAUGUCUAUUUCUUAAAUAUAAUUUUUAUGAAGAAGUUGUAAACGAGUGUAAUAAUUUCAUUAGUUUUCUCUUGGAAGUAUUCGAGAAUAUAUUCCGAAGCCCCCCAAAGGAUAUGAACGAUGACAGCCAUGAUAAUCAUAAUAAUCAUAAUAAUAAUAGUGUGUACUAUUUACACAUGAACAAACUUAAUAAUGUUAUAAAUUAUAUGUUAUUAUACGACAAAGAAUGUUGUGCUAAUUUCAACGAUAUAUUAAAUUUAUUUAGAAACGAUGUAGAACGUAUUUUUUGUGAAUCCACCUCCUUGAGCUAUAAAAAAAAAGUUGAAUAUAAAGAAAUUAUUAACGACAUUUUUUUAAAAUAUUUUGACAAGCAUAUAACGUACAAGACAAAUGAUUUGUUUAUAAAUAUUUAUAAUAACAAAUUAUAUAAAUUAGAAAAUAAAAAUGAUAUAUAUGAAAAUGAUCAUAAUUUAUUAAGUAUAAAUAAUUUGAAACAAUAUUUCUUUUUUCCUUCAAAAGAUGAAAAUAUAAGAAAAGAUUUUUUCUUAUAUAAAACAUUAGUAGAUCAUAUACUUACUAUAAAUACUUAUCUUCUUUUAAAGAGGACUAAUAUAUUAUUUGUAAAUCAUCAAAGUGUCUUGAUAAAUAAAAUCGUUACCAUAUUUUGUUAUUAUAAAUAUUAUCAUCUGUAUUUUUUGAAAGGUCAUAUCGAAGAAAUUAAACAAGAAAUUAAAAGGGCUUAUGAAAAAGCUAUAAAAAUGUUUAACGUAAAUAAACAAAAGAUAAAUAAAAAGAAAAUUAAGGAUGAUAUUAACAACAAAAUUGAGGAUGAUAUUAACAACAAAAUUGAGGAUGAUAUUAACAACAAAAUUGAGGAUGAUAUUAACAACAAAAUUGAGGGUGAUAAUAAAAACAAAAUUGAGGAUGAUAUUAACAACAAAAUUGAGGGUGAUAAUAAAAACAAAAUUGAGGAUGAUAUUAACAACAAAAUUGAGGAUAAUAUUAACAACAAAAUUGAGGGUGAUAAUAAAAACAAAAUUGAGGAUGAUAUUAACAACAAAAUUGAGGAUAAUAUUAACAACAAAAUUGACGAUGAUAUUAUCAACAAAAUUGAGGAUAAUAUUAACAACAAAAUUGUGGAUGAUUAUUAUAACGACACCCAGCAUACUAGAAACGUUUUUCUUUCAGAAAUAUUUGAAGAUGAAGAGUAUUUAAAUUUAUUAGAUAAUGUUAUAUAUAACGGAGGUAUAGACAUAUUAUAUGAAUCCUUUAUAAAUGAAUAUUAUUUAUAUAUUCUCCAUAUAAUAAAACAUAAAGAUAUAAUAAUAGAAGGAAAUUUUAAUAAUUAUAUAUAUUCUUUCAUAUUAAAUAUUAAUCACUUCAUAUUUUAUACUGAUAAUUUUCUUUCAAUAUAUAAAAAAUAUAAAAAUAAAUAUAGAAAGAUAUUUAAAAACAGUCAUAUAAUAUCUUUAAAAUUAUUUUAUUAUGAAACAAAUAAUGUUAACCUUUUUAAUAUAUCGUUAUGUAUAUUUAAUUAUAUAAAACAUAGGCAUACAUCAUCAUUUAUAUUAUAUAAAAAUAAGUUUGAUAUUUCUCAUAAGGAAGGUGAACAAAAUGUACAGGAGGAUAUUUUACGAAUGGAUAAUAUAAUACAAAAAUAUAACAAGAAAAUAAGAAGAAAAAAUAACAAAAUAAAUAAUAAUAUAGGACAUAUAAAUAAUAUAAUAUCUUACCCAUCUAUAUAUAAUCAUCAACAUGAUGAUAAUAUUGAUAUACCUAGUGUAUAUUCCUCUUACUCUAAAUUAUUUUAUACACAUGUAUAUGAUAAUUAUGUAAAUACAUAUUUCAAUAUCGAAUAUUUAACAAACAAAAUUAAAGAUAUAUACACACAACUAUUAAAGGACCAAGAGAAUUUUCUUAUUAAUAAAAAAAAGUUAUGUAAAAAAUAUAUGUCCUCUUUUUUCGAACCAGACGUAUAUAUUAAAAUUAAUAAUUUUAUAAAAGAUAUAAACAAAACAAAUAAACAAAUAGAUAAUAUUAAUAAAUGUAUGUGCUCAAAAUUGAAAAUAUAUGAAGAUAAAAUAUGUGUUACUAAAAAAUAUUUAAAAUUUAUUACAAGAGAUGAUUUUUAUUAUUUCAAAUAUAAAAACGAAAAUAAUUAUAUGGGACUUGUUAAAAUAUUAUAUCUAUAUAUAAAAAAAAAUAAUGAUAAAUCAUAUAUAAAAAAUACAUUUACAUAUACAUAUUUUAUAAAACAAAUUAAAAAUAUAGAUAAACAACAUAUUAACAAAAAUAUUAUUUCUAAAUACGAAAAUAUUUCGAAUGUCGAAAAAUAUAUGAACUACAAAUUUGUAUAUAUAAUACAUCACUAUAUAUCCUCAAUAAAUAAUUAUGUAAAAGAAAAAGAAAAAAUAAAUAAACAAUAUCAAAAUUUACAAGAAUUAAAAAAAAAAGUUACCAUAUUGCAGGAACAUGUUCAUCAUAUAAUAUCUCAAAAUUUAUCACCCCCUUCUUACAAAAUAUAUGAAGAAAUACUUUUUGUUUAUAAACAAAUAAAAGAAAAAAUAAAGACACAAAAAACAUUUCUUCUCUUCAAGUCAGUGAUAAUUACUUAUUGUUUAUCCUUUAGUUAUAAGGAAAAAAGAAAAUUCUUAAAAUUAUUAUUAAAAGAAAACAAUCGAAAAGAAGAACACGCAGAAAACAACAACGAUCUGAAGGAUAAAAACAAAACAGAUGAAGUGAUGAAUAACGAAGAAAAAGACAUGGGAAACUCUUAUCUUCACGAUGAUGAUUAUAAAUAUAUAAAUAUAAAAGAUCUGUUAAAUUACGAUAAUUUUAUUGAUAGGGAAUUUUUAAAAAAGUACAAAGAACUAAAUUUAUGUUACGAUAAAAUGAUUAUGUUCUAUUGUAAUACCUUUGAUUAUUUAAAAGACAAUGUGGUGAUAUGUAUAGAUACCUUUUUACAAACCAAAAAAUAUAUGUUGAAAAAAUUAAUUGUGGACAAAAAAAAUUUUGUUUACAUAAAAUAUGAAUAUUUUUAUAAAAUUAAAUUAUCAUCCUAUAGUACGGAUCACAUUAACAUUUGUGAUAAAAUAUGUGAUGAUGAAAAAAACAAAAAAAAAUAUAUUAUGAAAAAUAACCAUAUAGAUAAUUUUAUUAACAAACUUAAGAAAUUUAAUAAUGAGAAUUGCUAUUUGAUUUUUCAAGGAGUUGAUCAAAAUAUAUAUACAAUAUUGAAACAGAAUAAUUUAAAUAGGAUAUAUAUUUUUUUAAACGACAUUAACAAAAUCAAUCUUAAUAAAAUAAACACACAUUAUCAUGUUAUCAUGUGUAAUUAUACCAAGGAAAAUAUAAUUAAUUUGAUCAAGUAUUAUUACGAAAAGGAAAAAAAUCAAUACGUUCAACAGAAUGAUGAGAUCAAUCAGGAGGAUUAUCAAGAAAGGGUCAUGAACCUAUACAAUGAAUGUCUAAAUAACGAAAAAACCAAAGAAGAAGUAGUAAAAGAAAUAUCCGAAGAAAAAGAAAAACAUAAUCAACAUAUAAAAAAUUCAAAUACUAAGGAUGAGAAAGAGUUUGCAUUAAUAUACGUUUUUUAUCUAUUAAUAGAAUCUUUAAAAUAUAUUAAUCAACAAUAUUAUAUAUGUAAUACUUUCUUCUUAAAAAUUGUUAAAUCAUUUUCUCGUCAUUUUAAUAUAAUGAAUAAUAAACAAGCAGAAAUAUAUAUCUUAAAUUAUUUUUAUUUUUAUAUUAUAUCCCUUAUUUAUAAUAAAGAUAUUCUUACAGUAAAUUUUAUACUUUCCAUAUAUAUAGACAUUUUUGUUAAUAACCUUAUUAAAUGGAAAGACAUCUUUUUAUUUUUUAAAACUUUUACAAAUCAAAAUAAGGAAAAAUGUAUAAUUCAAAAAUAUAUAAAUCUAAAUAAUACCAAUUUUCAAGAAUUAUAUCAUACGGAACUUGAUCAAAAUAUUCAGCAUAAUAUAAAUAUAAAAAGUAAAUAUAAGAAUCAAGUCACUCAAAAAGAUGAUACACAUAAUACAGACAAAAACAAUAAACAUAAUAAUAAGGAUGCUAGCCAUUUUGAAAAUAAUAAUAGUACUUCUCAGAAAAAAAAAAUUAUAUCAGCCCAAAAUAUGAACGAAUCGAAAAGUUUUAAUAAAGACGACUUACAAAGGAAUAAUUCAACACAACACAAUAAUAAAUGUUAUUAUGCCAAUAAUAAUUAUGAUGAUAGUAUUUCUAAUUUUUACUCCUAUCAUAUAGAUAGUAGCUCCACGAGCUGCUCCCAUAGCUCCAUUGUUGAUGAAACCUUCGGAGUAGUAGAAAACGAUCUUGAUACUAUAGAUAAUGUAAAGGAAUAUAAAUAUGUAAAACGUGAAGAGGACGAUAAAGAAUAUGAUGUACACAAAGACAAAGAUAAAGAUAAAGACAUCUUCUUUAAUAAUUACAAAGAAUCAGAAAACGUAAAUGAUCAUAUAAAUAAAAAAGAAUCAUUUAAAAAGGAAAAAAUAAAAAAAAAUAUUUAUAAUUUACAAAACGAACAUAUCAUACAUGUCACACAAGAACAAUACAGAUUUAAACAACUUACACUUAAUCUAAACUCAUUCAUCAAAUUAUUUUAUAUUAAAAAAAAAAAAUUAAAAAAAAAUUUUUAUGAUAAUCAAAAUUAUUAUAAAGAAGGGGAAAAUUAUGAACAUGGUCAGGAAAAUUCUGACUUGUUCAGAACUUUCGAUACAUAUAGUGAAGAUGAGGAAGAAGAAUUAGAAAAAUAUAAUAAAGAUGAUGAAAAACGUGAUAUAGAUAGUAUUGAAUAUUAUAUGUGUGAAUUAAUAGAAUUAAAAAAACAUAAAAGAAAGAUUUUUAAGAAUUUGAUAAGGAAUAUAAAAAAGAAUAAGGAUGAUUGGGACAAAUAUAUAAAAAAUAAGGAUAGAGAUAAUUAUGAUAAAAUGUGUAUACCGUUAAAAGAAAUAAAUAAAGAUGAAUUAUAUUAUUACAAAGUUGUUGUCGAUAAAAUAAUUAAGAAGGACAUGUUAGAUAUAUCUAUUAAGAAUUAUAUAUCUAUAAAAUUAAAAAACAUAUAUAUAAAUAAAAAACAUAUUAUGAACAAUUUAUACAAUUUAAUAAAUAAAUAUAUGAAUAUUUCUAUAUUUCCAUUGGAAAUGGAACAAAUGAAUAAAGAAGUUUCUAAUAAUAACGAAAUAAUUAAAUUAGAAAACAAUAAUAAAAUAGUACACACUUCAUUAUUAGAUGAAAUAAAAAAUAAUACAUAUUUCAUAAACAUGAUAGAUCAAAAAGGUAGGAUUAUCCUUCUUUUUAAAAAACACAUAUAUAGUUUUAUUAUAUCUAAAAUUUUAUUAAAUAAUAAUAAUGUUACUUUAGUAGAUAUAACAUCAGAGCAUUGUGCUGGGCACACCAAAGUUAGUGAUAUUAUUAUGAUAGAUAUAAACAAUGAAAGGGAUAAUUACAAACUUGAAAAUUUUAUGCAAUCAAAUUUAAACAAAAUAUUUUUUGUAUUUUAUACUAACUUGAAUAUAAUUACAUAUUCAUUAAGAAAAAUAUCUGUGGUAAUUAAUCUAGAUUUUAGUAUGUAUUCAAAUGAAUAUUUGAAUUUUCUAUAUUUUGUAAUAAAUUCAAUUAAUAACAAAAAAUCCCAAAAUAAAAAUGAAUUAAAUUCAAAGUAUCUCUUUUAUGUAAUGCUCUUCUUUGUCCUUAUAAAUGAGCAAUCAUAUUUAGAGAAUAUAGAAUUAAAUAUGGAUAUAAUUAAUGAAUUCUAUUUUUUAAUUGAAUUUUUUAACAAUCUUCCAAUUUUGUUAAACGGGAAAGAAGACGAACUUGUUAUGGACACACAUGAGCAAACGGUACUUCAGGAUGAUAAUAAAAAAAAUAAUGAUAAUAAAAAAAAUAAUGAUAAUACUAACAAUAAUAAUAAUACUAACAAUAAUGAUAACAACAAUAAUGAUAACAAUAAUAAUAAUAAUGGUGAUGUCAAAAACACUAACGCUAAUAUACAAAAUAAUACGAAUGAAAAAGCAAAUAACAUAUAUGAUAGCACAAAUAAUAUAAAUAAUAAAAAUAGCUCAGAUAAUAUAAAUAAUGAUAAAAAAAUGUAUGAGUCAAAAAAUGAAGAAAAAUAUAAAGAAUUUUUUUUUAAAUACUUCAAUUCAUUUUUAUCAACUGUAUUUUCCAAAAAUAUGAUAUUAAUAAAAAAUAUCUUAUCCUCAUUUUUAUGUACUUUCUUUUCUAUAAAAAUUAAUAAAAAUGUCUUAUCAAAUAUAAACAACAUUUUAAAGAUAUCUAGUAAUACCUUUACAAUAAAUGAAUUAACAAAAUAUAUUCAGGAGAAUUUUCAUUUACUUCAAAAAAUAUUACAACACAACAAAAUAUCUCAUAUAUAUGAAAUUAAUUAUAAUGUAAAAUCGAUGAAAAAUAUUUUCAUAUCCAAUUCUUUAAUUAGGAAUAUGUACGAAAGAAAAAAUGUCCUUUAUCUCAUUUUAUUAUCUUUUGACAUUUUCGAAAAUUUUAAUUACAUAAAACACGGAAUCAACACAACCCCCAAACUAAAAUUUAUAACUGAGGAAUACAACACCCUUUUAUUUUAUGUGAAUGAAAUGAAGAGAGAAAUUCAUCAUUUUGUAAAAAUGAAUGAUACAAACGUGUCCUUAAAUAGUUAUUAUAUGGAUAUAAUGAAUGCUUUAUUAAUAUAUAGGGUACCAACAAAAUGGAAUUUCCUUGGAAAUCAUAAAAAAGAAAACAUUAAAAGCUUGCUCACUUAUUUAUUUGAAAAGCUAAACUAUUUGAAAUAUAUUAUAAACAAAGAACAAAGAGGAGCUAACAACGUUUACAACAUUUCCAUGUUCAACAAUCCUUUGCUAUUCUUUUAUUCCAUUUAUUUUACAUAUGCCAUUAAUAUGAACACCAGCUUAAGUAAUCUGAGUGCCUCUUUUAAAUACUCGGAGAAAAUUAACAAAAAGGAAGAAGGCAUAUGGAUAGAGCCGAUAAAAAUUUAUAAAAGUGAGUUUACUAAAAAAUCCUCAAACAAUUUAAUUCACAAUAGGAUUCAUAAAAAGAACUUAGUUUUUUUUAAAAUUACAAAUGAAGAAAAUAAAAAUGAUGAAUAUGAAAAAUAUAUGGAAGACGAAGAAAAUACAAAAGAUGAAGUAUCGAAUGAUGAUAUAUUUGAAAAGGAUAUAGAUUAUAUAUCUGAUGUGUAUAAAAUUAAUGAAUGGAAUAUUGAGGAAAAAGAGAAAAAAUUUUAUUACGAUACUCCAUAUAUACUUAUAAAAAUAAAAAAGAAUAAAGAAUCUUUAGAAAAAAGAAAAAAUGAUAUUUAUGAUGAAAAAAAUGAAAAUAGAGAAAACGAUUUAAUUCAUUUUGAACCAAAUUUUAAUUCCUUAUUUGAUAUAUUUAAAAAUAAUGAUCAUAUAGAUUCUCAUGAUUUUUUAUAUUAUUGUCCAGUAUUCAAAUAUAAUUCUUCAACUCAAAAGAAUGAUAAGUUAUUAUUCUUUUUUCCCCUCCCAUGUAUAUACAAUAAGAUGAUUUACAAAAAAUUGAGAGUCCACAUGUUAGUAUAA